AAAACAAGGAAAUGGGACACUGACGAAACAAUUUAUAUUCUACUUGUCUCAUGUUUUUAGUCAAGCGUUAAAAACGCUUAAUUCAGUUUUUGCAACUAAGUUGUGGUGGCUGGAGGUUGUUUUUGCGACACCUAUUUAGCAACAUAAAAACACCACUUCCGCCAUACAUGUGACGUAAUGUUCUACUUCCGGGUAAAGUAAGUCUUUCCCUCGGACCUUUUCAAAAUACAAUUUUUGUUUACAUUUAGUGUUAAAAUGUCACCACGUGCGACUUGAACAUGAACCUUCGAUUUACGAGAGGACUUUUGACCUCUCCACUCUUGUCAGUUUGAAGUAAAUUACCAAGCUGUGAGCAUGUAUCUGCUUUAUUUGACUCUUUUGGCGUCCGUGCGGGGUUUUGGUCAAACACAUGCGACGUCGGACUCCACUUACGUCGCUGCUGUGUACGAACACCGAGUGAUUUUGAACCCGACACCACAUAUUUCACUUUCUCGUCUGGAUGCCCUCCAACACAUGCGGCAGAAUUUGGCUGUAUACGAGGAGCAAGCCGCCCUGGCUGCCAAGCAGGGCGCUCAGAUCAUGGUCUUUCCAGAAGAUGGUAUUCACGGUUUCAACUUCACCCGUUCCUCCAUUUCCGCCUACCUGGAGAAUGUUCCUGACCCACAAGAGGUGAUGUGGAACCCUUGCACAGAACCAGGAAGGUUUAAUCAUACAGAGAUUCAGCAGCAACUAAGCUGCAUGGCACGCCAUCACAACCUCUAUGUUGUAGCCAACAUGGCCGACGUGCAGCCGUGCCCCCUGAAGACGGACCCAACUUCUUCUUGUCCCGCAGAUGGACGCUGGCAGUUCAACACCAACGUGGUUUUCAGGUCUGACGGGCUGUUAGUGGCACGGUACCAUAAGUACAAUCUUUAUUUUGAAAAUGCCUUUGACAAACCGCCACAACCUGAGAUUGUCACAUUCGAUACUCCCUUUGCCGGGAGGUUUGGACUCAUCACGUGUUUUGAUAUCCUCUUCUAUGAGCCCACAAUCAACUUGCUGGAGAUGGGUGUGCGUCAGCUUGUUUUUCCCACCGCCUGGAUGAACCAGUUGCCCCUCCUGGACAUCAUCCAGUUCCAGAGAGCGUUCAGCCUGGGCGCCGACGUCACACUGCUCGCCGCCAACAUCCGGAGCGACAGUCUCAUCAUGACAGGCAGUGGCAUCUACACUCCUUUGGCCGCCACUUACCACCACGCGCAAAGCCAGGACCCCGAGGAGGGCCGACUCCUUGUGGCGAGGAUCCCCGUUUUGGGAACGGUCGCUGAUUUAGGAUACUCUCACCUUGACGGCUGUCCUGCACCUCUGCCGUCGUCCUCCACGUUUACAUCCACCAUGAUGUACGAUCCUUUUCGGUUUGCGCUUUUUAACCACACCCAAGGUGAAGUGAAGGUCUGCGAUGGCGACUUAUGUUGCCGCCUAAAGUUCGAGCGCUUUCAAGGGAAUGAUGAACUCUACGCUUUGGGAGCUUUUGCUGGAACACACACGAUCAACGGGCGUUACGCUGUUCAGGUAUGUGCGGUGGUCCGUUGCGCUGGCUCCGAACCUACUUCCUGUGGACAGAUAGUCGAAGAGGCAGAGACUAAAUUCGACUUUGUUCUGGAGGGAGAGUUCAAGACCCGACACGUAUACCCGUCAGUACUGGUGAGCCGCUACGUGUUGGAACAGCCGAAACGUGUAGAGAAAAGCGACGGACGAGUGACCAUGACACAUUCCAACAUGGCCGGCGGGCUUGUCACCGCGUGCUUGUAUGGACGAGUCUAUCACCUGGACGACCAAUGACAAAACCAUAGACUGAUCCGUAGGGGGCCCAUUUUCAAAAUCUUAAAAUUCAAAUAUUUUCAAAACCAAAGCCACUAGCGACCUAAAACCAAAACAGGCUAAAACCCUUAGGCAAAAAUGAGUAUCCAUGAGCAGCAACAUCAAAAAAUUCAGUCAUUCCCUAAUAAAAUCCUGAUUAUUUUUCUAUACAAAUAUAACAAAACAAAUUGGCGAUAAACUUCUCAAAUUUUACGCUAGAUGCACAAAAAUCACCAAAUGCAAUCACCUAUAAGUUUUUGCCCAAAAUGGCAACUUUUUUUUUUUUUAUUUAGUAAAAGUUUUCAACAACUGAUAAUUAAAAAAAAAAAAAAAUCACAUCAGAAAUAAUACUUGAGGAAAGCAUGCAGAAUCAACAAAAAAGCAUUUGAAGGUGGAAAAGCGCUAUAUAACACCAUUUACCAUUCUAUUUACAAUCACAACUUAUUUAGGUGAAAUUAAGAUGCUUUUUAAGCUUUUAAAUGGAAAAUUCUUGUAAAUAAAUGUGUAAAUCCCCGGAAUUUCUAUAGAUAUGAACAUAGAACAGUCUAAAUUCUUGGUUAAAAGCAUAAAAAUGGGCAGUUAUCAUUCAUUUUAUGUAAAUAAUUCAAGCUAAAAUUACGCUAUUGUGUAAUCCAACGUGGCGGCCGUUACAAAACAGCUUUUUAAGUUGAAAGUUUUUGUAAACAAGUGCGUAAAUCCCUGGAAUUUCUAUAGAUAUGAACAUAGGACAGUCUAAAUUCUUGGUUAAAAGCAUAAAAAUGGGCAGUUAUCAUUCAUUUUAUGUAAAUAAUUCAAGCUAAAAUUACGCUAUUGUGUAAUCCAACGUGGCGGCCGUUACAAAACAGCUUUUUAAGUUGAAAGUUUUUGUAAACAAGUGCGUAAAUCCCCGGAUUUCUAUAGAUAUGAAUGUAACACAGUCUAGAUUCUGGGUUAAAAGCAAAAAAGCGGGCAGUUAUUCAUUUUACAUAAGUAUUUCGAGCUAAAGUUAGGCUCAUUUUUUGCUUGCAUGGGGCUCUUUUAUAUAAUAAUUACAUUGAAUCCUCGACCAAAUCACUCUUGAGACACCCCUACCUGCUUGUAUACAGUAAAACUUUCGUCCUUUUUCCACCUAAAUUAAGCAUUUGAAUGCAGAGUGUUUAUUUCAGUGAAAGCCAACUUGGCUUUUCCUGGGUCGGCCCCCAACGGGUAGGCGUGGCGCAAUGUUUGUGGGAGCUGUUGUCAACUGAUGGUGAAGUCUAUGACAAAACCAUAGACUUCAUAAUGACAUUGAUGGGACACGGGGCCGAUUAACUCAUUUGCUCCCAAAAAUGUAUGAAUACGUUCUAUCUUUAAUUGUUUCAGUGUCCCAAAAACGUAUUUAUACGUCUUUUAUGUUUUUUUUCCACAAGCGACAUCUCUAGGUUCUGAUACAACUUCGCUCCAAAGCACAAUGCUCAAAACCCAUUUUAAAGCAAUAAAACUGGCCACUGGAGGGCAGUAGCGCAUUUGGUAAGAACUCAUAUAGGACCAUGAAAGGAAGUGAAGAGAAAUAGUCAGGAAACGGAAGUUGGAAGAAGUAAGAAGCAUGACAAAAAUGUGGAGAACGAUGUAAAACACGAGGCAAACGAUACUGGAGGAGUGUUUUGGAAAGAAAACGACACAAUCGUCAAAGAAAGAUUCCCAAAAAUAUAUUUUGAUGAGACAGGAGGUGAUGAGGGAAAAGUUUACCCCGUCAGCCGAGACAGCCGCGGCCACAACAACGUCAUCUCUCAGUUCAAUAGUUAUGUGUAAAUAAAUUGUUACUUUGCUAUCAAAAGCUCUAUUUGUCUUGUUGUUUAUAUUAUUUUGUAGAAGGAAAAUAUUCAGAUGUUUGGGAUGUCUCAAAAGCAAAGUUAUGUUUGAAAUGUAUGCUUUUACAAAAAGUUCAAUUUCUCUUUUUUCAUCAGAAAUUGGAAAAUUGCUCAAACUAGGCUAUUUUUCAUAUGAACUUUUUUUCCUGCUGAAAGAAGAGAGUCUAAUCUUUAUUUUGGUGGGUUCCAUGUUUAUAUAGCAAUAGAAAAGAAUUUUCUGUUGGCCUUGCAAAAUCAGUCAAAAUCCAGUAAAACGGCUGGGAGCAAAGGGUGAAAGUGGCUGGGAGUGAAUGACUUAAUAGGGGGCCUGCAUUGUUGGUGUGGCCGUCAAAGUUGACCGAGUGGAAUCACAGACAAAGAGCUAUUUUCGUUGAAAAUUCUUGUGAAUAAAUGCUUAAAUCCCUGAAUUUUUUAUAGAAAUGGACGCAAAACAGUCUUGAGUCUUGGUUAAAAGCAAAAAAAAAAAAAAAAAAACUGCAGUUAGCAUUUAUUUUACAUUUUAUGUCGAAGUUCGAUGCUAGUCUGUUAGUCAAUGUGGCGGCCGCCAUAUGUAAACAGCUUUUCCGGUGAAAAUUCUUGUGGAUUAAUUUCCUAAAUCCCUGAUUUUUUUUAUAGAUAUGGAAGCAAAAGUCUCGAUUCUUGGUUAAAAGCAAAAAAAAAAAAAAAAGAAGUGCAGUUAGCAUUCAUUUUACGUAAAUAUGUCUAAGUAUGACGCUAGUCUGUUAGUCAAUGUGGCGGCCGCCAUAUGUAAUCAGAGCUUUUCCGGGGAAUUUUCUUGUGAAUAAAUGCUUAAAUCCCUGAAUUCUUUAUAGACAUGGAUGCAAAACAGUCUCGAAUCUUGGUUUAAAAAAAAAAAAAAAAGUGCAGUUAGCAUUUAUUUUACGUAAAUAUGUCGAAGAAUGAUGCUAGUCCGUAGUUGUUAAAUUCACCCGUUCAUUUUUUUCCACGUUUCAAAAUGAAUGUAGGAAAAAUAUAAUAAAUACCUUGAAUCCUUGAACAAAUCACUCCUGAGAUAAACCAUCCUGUUUGUAUGCGGUACAGCUUUCGUACUUUUUCAACCUAAAUCCAGCGUUGGAUUGCUGCAUGUGUUGACUAACUGUGACCGACUGCGAAUAACUGAAGCGGACUGUAGGAUGGGCUCCCCUGCUUGAAGGUGUUGCGCAGUGGCUGACGGAUGUGACCCGCCAAUACAAUUAAGAAGCCUAUGGACAAAACAUUGAAAGAAGACUGAAAUACCAGUUAAUAAAAACAAAUAUAUUUAUUUUUUUAACUUCUUUACAAACACUGCACCAAAUUUUCAUCUCCACAGGAAAGGUGCAUAUUCCUGAAAAGGCAAUAUACUCUAUAUUCAUUCCGCACUCACACCUCAAGUAAAUCGGCCGCUGUCUCGACAACAAUGCUUCAUCACAAUGAACCUCCAACGUCCAAAAAAAACAACAAAAAAACCUAAAGACAUUGUCUAAAUGGUCCCUAGUUUUGUUCAUUAGUCUUAACCAUCAAUGCUGAAGUUUUAGUUCUCAUUAUUGUGUGACAAAGCCGUCAAGGACUUUUAUAACAUUUUUUUUUAAAACUCAUUGAUGGCAAUAAACGUCCAAUCCUUUGGAAUUGGGAGUUCAAAAGAAUUGGACAUCUAUCGCUGUCAAUGGCAUUCAAUGUUAAGGCUCUCAAGUAACACACUAGCCUUCAGUAAGUCUCCGAAUCGGAGUCGUUAAGUUCUUCGUCCGUCGUGACGCUCGACAGCGGGCGCUCGGGUCGGCAGUACGAUGCGCGGUCGGGCCUCAGAGGAGGCGGGCUUUCAAAGGCCACGCCCUUGGCCACGUGAUUGGACACGGGGUGAUGUUUGAUGACUGUGUGAGGCAAAGAAAAUUCAGGCAACGUUGCGAUGGUAACCAUGGGCGAGGCGGGCAUCAUAGAGUUAAGGAUGAGCGCUAAGCAGUCGGCGACGUCGCGGGUUGGCGCGCAAGCUAGCGCGGGCGUGUAACCUGAAAACGAGAGGUACGAAUAAAAUGCCGAUACAUUUUUCCAGGCUUUAAAUCUCACCGUUUUCAUCCACUGCUUGUACGCUAGCGCCUUUUCCCAGUAGUUCCUGAACGACCACCGUCAAACCGUUUUUGGCUGCGACGUGAAGAGGCCUGCGGGAAAACAAAAAAUUAGCGCUAGCAAGAAAACGCGACUUCCCGCGAGCGAACGGCGUACGUGCGCAAGGAAGCGUUGGUGCUGUUGAUCAGAUUCUUAUCUCGUAUUUUCUCCAAGAUCAACAAGGCGCACGUUUCAUGACCCUGAUUAAAACAAAAUGGCAGAUUAGCAUAACGCGACACACAAUCUGCGCCGAGGCUGAAAUUUAGCAUACCUUGCUGCAAGCUAAGUGCAAAGCUGUGUUCCUGUCGGCGUCUUGAAGCGUGAAGUCCGCUUUGCUGCUGCUCACUAACACUUCUGCGUCAUUACCGGACAGUUACGAAACGGCACCGUCGAAAAAUUAAAUAGUGCAUCUGUACUGACCCACGGCGUUGGUUUGCCCGUUGAGGGCGGCCAUCAUUAGCGGCGUCCUGCGCGCGUACGUGUCGGCGAUGUUUGCCUGAGCGCCUUGACUGAGCAGCAGGGAGAUGCACUCGACGCGAUCUGCGAAGGCGGCGGCGUGAAGUGGCGACCUGCGUCAAAGCACAUGGUGUUCUUCGCCAAUUGGACAUUUCAGGGUUGUUGCACCAUUUUAUAAGUCAAAUUUAAUGCUUUUAAAGACAUUUUUAAGGCCUUGAAAAUAUAUUUUACUGUGCUGGCAAAAGUACUGGCACCCCUGCAAUUCUGUCAGAUAAUACUCAAUGUCUUCCAGAAAAUAACUCAUUCCUUUCACCGGAGCAACAACCUUCGUUCCCGGCCGUUUUACUGGAUUUUGACUGA